GCAAGCAUGGAGGAGGUUCGGAGUAUCAUGCUCCGAACUUCCGGUGCUUCCGGCAUGGGCGAGACAUUCUAGCGAGACGAAGGGACGAAGACAAGACGUCCGCGUUUCUGUUUGGGUCCGCGUGGUUGUUGUAUAGGUUGUUCCGUGCAAUUUAAGAUACUUUAAUGCACUGCCCGGCGUCGCCACCGAAGGCUCCGUAGCUGCUACGUGCUACCCACAGGAUUCUCCUUCACGCGCCGCACCCUGAAGGAUGGCUGCUGACAUUUUUACGAAUGAGCGAGUGUUCUACGUCUGCAGCUGCGGCUCAAAGCGCCCGAUCACUCGCAUAUACUUUUGUCGGCACUGUUCGAAGCUGAGAUGCGGCGACUGCGUUUCUCACGAGGUGGACUCGAACUACUGCUCCAACUGCCUUGAGUACAUGCCUUCACCUGAGGCACGGAUGAAGAAGAACAAGUGUGCCACGUGCUUUGAGUGCCCAAGCUGUGGCCAUACGUUGUCAGUGCGUGCCACCACCAUCCAGGUGCAGACACCCGAGGAGCCCGGCAAGGCAGUGGCUAAAAAGGUCUACUACAUGGCCUGUGGCUUGUGCCGAUGGGCAACCAAGGACGUUGGUCUUCCUGAUCAGACAAUGGCUACAGGCGGUUGGCAGGAGUAUGAAAACCCCUGGAGCAAGCGGGUGGGCAUCCUGUUUGAGCACUAUCGGCUGGUUGCCCAGAGAGACAAAAUGGAGCGGGAUCGCAAGAAAGCUAGCCAGCGUGCAGGCUACCUCCAGUUUUCGGACCGAUAUGGAGUUUCAGCAGUGGUGGCCAAAAAGUUUGCUGGCCUCAUCAGUGUUGGAAGGAAGGAGAACGAGGUAAAGAAAGUAGAAGAGAUGCAGCCGGCCGUCGCCACCGAUGAACUCGAGCCACUCCCCGAGGACUACUUUACUGAGCCUGUCAGUGUGGCUCAAGUGUGCAGCAUUGGCCAGCGACUGUCCCAGCCGGAUCUGCAAGCUGAGUACGUGGCCUUUCUGCAGCCCAAGCGCAAACCUCUGCUCAUCAAGCGCUCACAGAGGUGUCGGGAAUGUGAGCACAACCUGAGCAAGCCUGAAUUCAGCCCUGCUAGCAUCAAGUUCAAGAUCCAGAUGGCUGCAUUCCACCAUGUACCGGAAAUCAAAAUCAAGUCAGUGACUGCCUUCAACAUUGGAGAGGAGAGCUAUGUGCAACUCUCACUGCACAAUCCGACGCCACACGUGACUCAUGUGACGCUACUGCCAGUUGAACGUCCUGUCGAAGGGACCACUGCCAAGGUACUUCUGCCAAAUUGUGAGUUUGUCCUGCCUGCCAGGGAUGACACGGCAGAGUUCGACGAUGCUAGUGACAGCACUUUCUCAGAUGACCCGAGUGUAGUGACAUUCCGGAAAGCCAACCGGCUGGGCUUCUACAUUCGAGUCAUUCCUUCUGAGGUGGACGCUGUCAUUGUGGCAUUUCGUCUGAAGCACGACUUCACAAACAUGGUGGUGCAGCUGCAUGCCGAGCCCCGAAGGCCUGAAGUGGUGUGGAUGACGCACACCUUGGUGGUGAACCUGGGCACUCGCUCUUAUCGGCCGCCACCUGCCUCGGCGAAAUCACCGCACAUCCAAUAAAAAAUCUCGAAGUUCUAUUUGCUCGCCUUGACUGGCAGUCUCUGUAUAGGCUACAGUGGGAGAAUAAUAAAGGUGUGGACCUUCGCAAAAAUGCUUCAAGCUUACCAAUGCAUAAUCAUUAAAAUGUUUUUUUCCUUCACUCUA